AUGGCGGAGGCGACAAAAGAGCAGGCAUCGACGUCUAAGCGAGGCCUCCUCCGCCUCCCCGCUCAGACAUUGCAAGACAAAGUUGCGAUUGUGUCUGGCUCGAGCAGAGGGCUCGGUGCCGAUAUGGCGCUGGACCUGGCCAAGAGGGGCGCAAAGGUCGUGAUCACAUACGCCUCGCCGUCCUCGACCCCCAAGGCCGACACGCUCGUCCAGACAAUCAAGGACCUCCCGAACGAAUCCUCUGCGAUUGCCGUGUGCGCGGACCUCUCGCAGCCGUGGGCUCCAGCGGAAAUCGUCAAGCAGACGCUCUCAAAGUUCGGGCCACACAUCCACAUCCUGGUCAAUAACGCCGCCGUACAGAUCACGCGGCCGCUCGCCGACAUCACCCAGACGGACUACGACCGCGUCUACAACGUGAACGUAAGGGGCACGAUCCUGCUGACCCAGGCGGUACUCCCGCACCUCGCCCCGCGAGCGCGCGUCAUCAACAUCUCCAGCGUGGGCGCGCGCGCCGGCUUCGCGGCGCUGUCGCUGUACACGUCCAGCAAGGCGGCGCUGGAAGGGCUCACGCGCUCGUGGGCCGCAGAGCUCGGCAAAAAAGGCACCACCGUCAACUGCGUCGCGCCCGGUCCCGUGCAGAGCGAGAUGCUCGACUCCAUCCCCACCCACAUCGUCCAGAUGCAGAUGGACAACACACCCCUCGAAAACAGAGUCGGCACUCCCCAGGAAGUCAGCAAUGUCGUCAGCUGGCUCGCCGGGGACGAGAGCGCGUGGAUCACUGGGCAGGUGCUGAACGUUAGCGGCGGGUGGACAAUGUAUUGA